UCAAUAGUCACCCAAGAAACACACAAGGAAGAUUUGGGGGUGGGGGGGAUAUCCUAACUCGUUUGUGGUCAAAAAGGACAUUUUGUUCUCCUGGUGUUUCUUCAUUGCAAAAAUUUUGACAUGGAAUUUUUUAGGGUGGCUUGGUUAAAAUGACCAUGUUGCUCAGGGUUGUGAUGCACUGGUCAUAAGUAAGCUUGUACCAAAUAUAAGCUAGCUUCUAUAAUGUUUUUCUAGUACAGAGUUAAAGUCUGCAAGAAAUAUGUCAAAUUUUUAUUAUUGUCCUUGACAAUGGGCAAAUGACUUUGGUUCAGGGUCAAAAUACACUGUCAGAGUAUCAGCAACUUUUGUAUCAAUUAAGUUUGAACUUCUAGCAAUCUGUCCACGAUCAAGUUAAUGUCCAGAAAAUGAUUCUAGCAAAUCAUUCAAUCUCUUUAAGGUAGCUCACUACACUAAAGCUUAUACUCUUUAUGACACUACAUCACAAGAUGGCGAUUUAAAUGUUUUCUGAAAUUAUUUGUAUCGAUCGACUUGUUUGUCUAUCAUCGUAGCUCAGUGGUUAAAGCAUUGGGCUGGUGAACCGCAGAUCUCGAGUUCAAAUCCCCCAGAGUCUUUUGUUCAUAUGUGUUGAAAUUAUUUUUUUGAAAAUCAUGUUUUAUCGAAAUUUGUAUAUUUUUUGUCUUUUUGGCAUAUAUACUUAUUGUAUAUCAUCAUCUCUUUUAUAAUUAGAUCAAUUCGUAUUGAUUUGAGAAACUAUUUCUGGGUGUAGUGAGCCACCUUAAAUUGAAGAUUGUGGUAUUGUCUUCAAUUCAGGUUCAUCCAGAGCAAACUGUUUGGGUCAUGAGUAGUCUUUUUGUCAACUAUGAGUUUUAAUGCCUCUUCAUUGCAAAGUUGUAGCCCUGAGUGACCAUUUUCACAAAAAAACCUUACAACUAAGAUACAAUUUUUGUCUCUGCCUUAUACUCAACUGGGUGCCCUGAGUAAGAAUGCAAGCUUUAUCAAUUGUGUGCAUAGUACUUAGUUUUGUUCAUUCAGAAAUAUAUGAGAAAAGAAUUUCACUGUGUUAAAAUAUAUGAGAAAAGAGAUAUAAAAGAAUUACACUGUGUUAAAAUUUUCAUCUAAUUAAUCGUAAGAUUUUUGUGAAAUGGUCAUUUCAAUUUCCCUUUAUUUGUGACUAGUUGGGAUCAUAACAAAUUUUGAACCAAACCAUUAGGCCACUGUACAACAUAAGGAAGGUGGCUAUUUCUUGUAGUCACAAAAGAUUAGCAUUAUUUUUAGGCGAAAAUCAUUUCCCAUGUGAAUUAAUUUUGCAAGAAUAUUACAAAUGAUGCAAUGCAAAAUAUCAUGAAUAUUCAAAGUACCCCACAGUAAUAUUACAUGCAAGAUAUUUUACAUGUACAAUUUAGUUAUGUGCAUGCAUAACAUGCAAGUUGAUUACUGCAAAAAAGUUACUAUGCUUGUGUUAUAUGAACAUAUGUUUUGUGUGUAUUUUAUGCAUUGAUAGAUUUGAAGGCUAACUCUGUUCAUCAUGCAUGCAGUGUAAUAAUUUUUGUCUUUGUUUUUUCUUCCUGUUUUUGUGAUUUGGGAUUUUGUUCAUCCUGAUGCUCUUCUCUGGGGCCAAAUUGGUUGAAUAAAAAAUAAAAUAUUCUAUCCUAUUUUCUCCAUAAAAAUGUACAUGUAUAAUACAAAAGUUCAAAAAAGUAAUUCUAAUAAUCAUAUCAUUUCCUGCUCUGAUUGGCUUUUAGAAGCUAGCUAGGUUAAAAUGAGGUAAUAAAAAACACCACGGUUAAAGUAUGUGAUAGAAUCAUUUCUCUUCAGCAUCAAGAUUUGCUUUGCUGAAAAAGUCAGAUGUGGUUGGGAUUUCAUUGCUCUAUUUCUCGUUAUGAUAGUGAUCAACAAUAUCCGGUAGAGUUAAUCUCACCCCUUAUGAAACCAUUUCAUGUGCACGUCAGACCGAUUCAUCCCUUCAUUACCUCUCAACAACAGCCUCAUAUACAAGAGCUUCAUGAGAGCAUAUCAUUGUUGUUUAGACCGUACCAGGAAGAGGAACAAAACUGCACAUCAUAAUACCCUCCUCUUUUCUAAAAUGGGAACUACUAUUUCAUCCUGUUUCUAAAUCAAAUUAAUUUUCAAGAUCAUGCAUUAAAAACAAAUCUUGCGUGUUCAUUAUAUAAUAAGUAGGAGCCAAUACAUGUGUAUACAUUUACCAAAUGGAGAAUGAAAUGAUUUUUUAAAUGAAAAUUAAAGUUGGUCUUUUCCUUUAUUAGUUAAAAACAUAAUCUGAUGAGACCUGUUAAAUAUGCCAUGAUCAACUCGUGACUUGAUAAAAAGGUUCAGUGUGUGAUGAAAAACUCAAGAAUUAGAUGGAUAGAAGACUAUACCAUGCAAAGACAACUAACUGCUUUUAAUCUAACGUACUCCAAGGCAAAUUCCCACAAGCAGACCAGUGAAAGAACUCAUGAUGGACAUGUGGUGGAAAGCAAUAUUCUUUGGUUGUCUGAUAGCAUCAGUAUUAGGUGCACAUAAUCCCUGUUGUUCCUACCCAUGUGAGAAUAAUGGGGUAUGCAUGACUCGGGGAGAGAGUUAUUACUGUGACUGUGCCAAUCUAGACUUCUACGGCAAACACUGUGAAACCCCUACAUUUAUGAAGAGGAUAAAACUAUUCCUUAAGCCAGACCCAGACACACUGCAUAAUCUAUUGACGUCCAAGAAAUGGCUCUGGAACACCAUCAACAGCAUUCCUUUCCUGGCAAAUUUUGUCAUGAAAAAAGUUUACACAAUGAGAUCUGACAUGAUUGACAGCCCUCCAACCUACACCUCAGAGCAUGAAUACAUCACUGUGGAUUCCAACUUCAAUCUCACCGUGUACACCCGGACCUUGCCACCAGUACCCAAAGACUGCCCUACUCCUAUGGGGGUUUGGGGAAAGAAGGAAAUGCCACCACCUGAAGACAUUGUCAAGACCUUUUUUCUUAGAAAAGAGUUUAUUCCAGAACCCAUGGGAACCAGUACUCUGUUUUCCUACUUUGCACAGCACUUUACACACAUGUUCUUCAAGACUGAUAUAAAGAAGGGGCCCCAGUUCCAGUGGGGAGGGCAUGGGGUAGACGUUUCUCAUGUCUAUGGUAAAAACAAAGACUCAGAGAACAACCUCAGGUCAUUUAAAGACGGAAAACUUAAAUUUCAGGUCGUAAAUGAUGAGGUAUGGCCUCCACUUACAAAGGAUGCCAAAGUUCCCAUGGGAUAUCCAAAACAUGUGGAGACGAACAAGCAGUAUGCCAUGGGGCAUUCUUUCUUUGGUCUCCUGCCUGGCCUGUUCAUGUACGGUACGAUCUGGUUGCGGGAACACAACAGAGUUUGUGACAUUCUGAAGGCUGAGCAUCCUGAAUGGAACGAUGAGAGGUUAUUUCAAACAUCCAAAUUGGUUAUUCUAGGAGAAACCAUAAAAAUAGUAAUAGAAGACUACGUGCAGCACCUCAGCAACUACCAUUACAAACUGCUCUUCAAUCCGGAGCUGUUGUUUGGGGAACAGUUUCAAUAUCAGAACAGAAUAGCUGUAGAAUUCAACCAUCUGUAUCACUGGCAUCCUCUUAUGCCGGAUGAGUUUAACAUCAAUGGAACCAAGUAUAACUUAAAGGACUUCAUGUUCCACCCAGAGAUAGUUGUCAAGCAUGGAAUGAGGGAGUUUGUGGAUUCGAUGUCGAGACAGAGAGCAGGCUUUUUUGGUCCCCACAAUCAUGGUCCAUUGACAAUCCCUGUAGUGACAGAUCUCAUCAAACAUGGACGUACCUUAAGAUUACAGCCCUUCAACCAGUACAGGAAAAAAUUCAACCUAGCACCUCUUAAGUCUUUUGAGGAAUUAACAGGAGAGAAGAAAAUGGCAAAGCAGCUUGAAGAUUUCUAUGGUGAUAUUAACGCUCUGGAGUUUUACGUUGGAUUAAUCAUGGAGAAACGGCGACACAAAGCCUUGUUUGGGACCUCUAUUGUGGAGAUGGGAGGACCUUUCUCUGUAAAAGGCCUGAUGGCCAAUCCAGUCUGCUCACCCAAAUACUGGAAACCUUCCACAUUUGGAGGGGAUGUGGGGUUCAACUUGGUAAAAACUGCAACUCUUCAAAAACUCUUUUGUGAGAAUAUAGAAGGAGAUUGCCCCGAGGUGUCAUUUAGAGUCCCCGAUUAUAAAGAAGGCGAUGUUUUAGACUUCAUAAAACAAAAACUAGAAUUAUGACACUAAGGCCUAUUAGAUGAUUUUUAAAGUUGUUCUUUUCCAUUUACAUGUAUAUGUAUCAUAUAUGAAUAUGACCUUGAAAGAUUGCAGUGGGUGGUGAGAAUUAUUGUGUGUAUUUUGUAUCCAAUUUCAAUUUAUGGGUUUUCAAUAGUUUGACAGGUUUAAAUAUGUAUGUAUGCUUCAAAAUAUAUAUAUGUGUAUGUGUUAUCGGUGAAUCGCAUGUAUACCCAAUCAUGUUAGAUCCAUGCAUUUUAGAACAUGUAAAACAAUUGUUGCAAUCAAUUCAAUUAACUUUCAACAACAUGCUCACAUUGCCAGCAGUGAGUGCAGGUUUGAGAGUGGCUCCACUCCGACCAUUCCUUGGGAAAAAGUUUGUGUGAUCUGUAACAGUAAAAGAUUUUCUGCUACAAUAUUCAGACUUUGUGUAUGAUUAUAGCUUUGCAUAUUCUACUUUGGGCUGUAUUUGUAAUGCUGCAACAAUAAUGGAACUUAAAUUAAUCCCAAAAAAAAUUGUCUCCGAUCUUAGACAGAUGUGACACAUCCCAUGUUUGGCUUACAAUGCUGUUGGGGGGGGGGGGGGGGGGGGGGGCUAAUCAAUGCUUUAUCUGCAACUGAUACAGAUUUUGUUCAACAUAAUAUUAUUUAAUCUCUGUAUGGUGAUUACAUACACAUCAGAAGAUGGUACAUUUCUUUGACCAAUAAUUGAAAUAUGAUCAAGAUGUGCAGCAAGCCGAAAGCGCAGAUCGAGACCUGAAUUUGGUCUUAUAAUCUUAUUCUUUUGAUACAGAAAGGUGGAAACAUCAUCACUGCAUUAAUGGAGGGUAUUCUUUAUAUUAAUUAUAAGUAUCAAUUCUUAACAUUAGUUUUAAAUAUUCCUUACAUUAAUUACAAGUAUUCCUUACAUAUCUAUUAAUCAUUCUAGUCUGUGAAAUCAAGCAUUAAUCAGGGUACAGUGUAUCAUUUUUAUUUACCUGUUUACUCAAUAUAUAUUUUUAAAACUUAUACCCCCAAAAAAUUAUGAAAGUAAUCCAAACAACAAAAUAAUUAUACUUUGAAAAGAUGAAGAUAACGAACAAUGGUGAGAUGAGACUGGUGGCUUCUAUUACAUUCCCUUAAGACAGUAAUACAUUAAUGUUUAUGAUUUAUAUCAAAACUAUUUUUUUUUGUUCCAGCUUAGAAUUGCUCAUCGUCACAAACCACGGGUUAUUGUUUCAUUCUAUUUCAAAAAUAGCCUGUGGUUUGCGACAAUGAGAAUUACUAUAUGGAUGGUUCUCUUUGUUUUUAAGAGUAUUGUCCAUUGAACUGUUGCACACAUUCCUACCUGCUUAGCAGAUAUCCAGUUAGAGCCAUCUGUACCUAUUUAUAAGUCUUAAUAUUGAAUAUGUGAAGAUCGUGAUUACUUUUUGUCUAUUUUGACUACUUUUGGGUUCACAUUACUCAUCAAAAUUGAGUAGACAACUAUAAAUAUGAACAUGGGGGAGUAUCUACAAUCUCGAGUAUUUCAAUAUGAUGUACAGUGUAUAUACACCUUUUCUGACAAUCAAGACUUUGUUGUUUUCAAUCUGUUUUUCUUUUUAUCCUUGUAUGCUAUAUUUGUACAGAUAUAUCAUAUACAAAAGCUCACUGUCUUAUAUGAUGGCCCCUAUAUAUGUCCGCAGAAUAUUAUGUUGUUUUGCAAAUAUUUUGCUGAUCUCGCUUCAAUUAAAUGUUACACAAUGUGUUAUUGUACAAAUCUUAUUAUAACAAUUAAGUAUUAUGAUUAAUAUUGAUUUAAAUAUUGUACCUGUGUAUGGUCAUCUGGUGAAUUAUUAAAUUUAUGAAAAUUA